GUAAAGCCAACCACAGUGCAGGUCAACUUAUCCUCCUGUUGCGUAGUGCCACAAGAGUUAACAACAUUUGCUCAGAAACAUGACAUCCAGGUCUUAACACACAAUGAUCCAGCCGAAAUUGUGGACGAGGAGGUGGUAUCAACCAUCACCAGCCGCCUGGGUUUAUCUGGGGUCCAGUGCCAAGUGGAGUGGGUGGCAAGGCACCGAACAAUCCAGCAGUGUUUCGGCUUGAUACAAGACAAGGGCUACACGCUUGCCCUUGCCUGUGAUGGUUAGGUUAGCGGUCUGGCUCAGGUGACGCCUGUAGUCCAACAAGAUUCAAGUUACAACCACGUUAAAUGAUGUUGUUAUGAAGCUCGAGUGUAGGGAAUGAAAUAUGCAUGAGAUACUAUAUACAUUCUGUUCUUGAACUACAUUAGCAACAGUUUUAUCAUUGUUUACAUUCAGUAAGAUAAAUACACUCAUUGUGUGCGAGCACACACACACACACACACACACUAACACUCUCACACUCACUCUCACACUCUCACUCUCACUCUUACACCCACACACCCACACUCUCACACCCACACACCCACACUCUCACACACACUCACACUCACACUCACACUCACACAUUCUCACACUCACAUAUUCUCACACUCACACAUUCUCACACUCACACUCAUAUUUAUACAUAGAUGCAUAUAUACCUUUAUAAAUCGGUAGUAGCUCUAAGGGUUUGAAUCUACUGAUGCAUUUAACUAUGACUAAGGAUAUUCCUUAGGUACACUUUGUUUACCAUAAUAGAUUGGAUGGUAUGUCAGCUGUAGUUUAUGUUAAGUGUGGCAAAUAGCAUUGUGCUGUGGAUUUAAGUGAGUGCAUUGAUCAUACCAUAUACUCAUAACUUUAGGGUGCACACACUAAUUUACACACACAUAUCCAUACCUUAUAUUGUUUUUUUUUUUUUUUUUUUUUUAUUUUUUAAAGAUUUUGUGUGUGUGAUGGUGGUUAUUUUACAACAUAUGUGGCCAAUAAUCAUUGUGCUGUGAAUAUAGAGAAGUGCAUUUAUCAUAUACGCUUGUCGCAGUAAAGUUGCAUAUGUGAACGCGUAUUUACACUUGCAAAAUCUGUGGUAAGUGUAGCUGCACUAGAGGACAUACUGGGGAUGUUGGUUGUACGUAGAUGGCUUGUGAGAAAUCAAGGUCACAAAAGGACUUCAUUUUUGACACAA